AUGCAUUUAUUCAGAUGCUCCCCGCGAUCUUUCUUCUCAAGCCGCUUUUCGUCGUCCGCCGCCUACGCUCCCUCGGCGUCGACAAUUGCAAAUAGAUUCCUGACAAAAUGUCAGGCCGCCGGACCUCAAACUCGAACACAGGCCCUUGAUGCUAAUCAGCUUCAGCUUUUCUCCUUGACACUCAACCGGAACCACCUCUACUCCAAUACUCCGGCUCUAUCCAAUGCUCCCGCACCACCAGUCGGAACACCGGUUCCACCCGGGUAUCAUCUUGUGUACUUCACGCCUGCUUUUCUAGAAAGUGAGUUAGGCUCCGACGGGACCGAUGUAUCGUAUAAUCCGGAUGCACCUUUUACAAGGCGGAUGUGGGCCGGUGGGGAGGUUCAAUGGCCAAGAGCACCAGAUGGCAGAUUGAAUCUACUACGAGUCGGGCAAGAAGUACGAGAGAUGACGAAGUUUCUUAGUGCCGAAGCAAAGGUGAUUAAGAAAACCGGGGAAGAGAUGAUCAUUGUUGGUUUGGAGAAAGUCUUUGAAAACGAACAUGGCGUCGCCCUUACUGAUAGACGCAGUUGGGUAUUUCGACCUGCACUAAAAGUACCAAGCCCGAGCGAAGAGCCUCGUUCAUACCCUCCGCUCUUGACAUCCAAGCCUCCAGCGCCCCCUUCCCCGUCUUCUCCCACCACCAAGGUGUACACUCGAAAUCUCCGCCAGACUCCAGAGUCUCUUUUCCGGAUGUCAGCCCUAACAUUCAAUGGACACAAGAUACACUACUCAGUGCCAUGGGCACGUGAAGUCGAGGGCCACCGGGGCCUUGUUGUCCACGGCCCGCUGAACCUAGUAUCAAUUCUGGAUUUUUGGCGAGAUGCCCAGGAACACGGCAAUGCCAACCCGGAGGACAUGUUGCCUUUGAGCAUCAGCUAUAGGGCCACCAACCCCUUGUACGCGGGAGAGGAAUACCAGAUUUGCCUAGAAAUGGACGGAGAAUAUUCCAAGGCAAAUAUAUACAAUGCAGAGGGCGUUGUCUGCAUGAAGGCAGAAAUCAAAGGUCCAAAAAUAGACUAA